CAGCAAGAUGCGGUGGUGGUGGAUUUUAUUGCUCGGCUUCUGGAGGGUGCACGGGGAGCUGCCGUUCAUGGCCGAGAACAACGCGGCCAUGCUGGUCAACUGCGUCAACGAGCCGGGGAACAUGUCUUUCGUCAAAGAGACCGUGGACAAACUGCUGAAGGGCUACGACAUCCGUCUGCGGCCGGACUUCGGAGGUCCACCGGUUGCUGUGGGCAUGAGUAUAGAUGUGGCCAGCAUAGACAUGGUGUCAGAAGUCAACAUGGACUACACUUUGACCAUGUACUUCCAGCAGUACUGGAGAGAUAAGAGGCUGUCCUAUGCAGGGAUUCCUCUCAACCUGACCCUGGACAACAGAGUUGCCGACCAGCUCUGGGUUCCUGACACCUACUUCCUCAACGACAAGAAGUCCUUUGUGCACGGCGUCACCGUCAAGAACCGGAUGAUUCGGCUCCACCCGGACGGCACGGUGCUCUACGGCCUCAGAAUCACCACAACAGCAGCCUGCAUGAUGGAUCUGCGGCGAUACCCGCUGGAUGAGCAGAACUGCACUCUGGAAAUCGAGAGCUACGGUUACACGACAGAUGAUAUCGAGUUCUACUGGAAAGGAGGAGACACCGCUGUGACCGGAGUGACGCGCAUCGAGCUGCCGCAGUUCUCCAUCGUCGACUACAAGCUGGUCUCCAGGAACGUGGUCUUUUCCACAGGUGCCUACCCUCGGCUGUCUUUGAGCUUCAAGCUGAAGCGAAACAUCGGAUACUUCAUCCUGCAGACGUACAUGCCCUCCAUCCUCAUCACCAUCCUGUCCUGGGUGUCAUUCUGGAUAAAUUAUGACGCCUCGGCAGCCAGAGUUGCAUUAGGGAUCACCACUGUGCUGACAAUGACAACCAUCAACACGCAUUUGAGGGAGACGCUACCCAAGAUCCCUUAUGUCAAAGCUAUCGAUCUGUACCUGAUGGGCUGCUUCGUCUUCGUCUUCCUGGCUCUGCUCGAGUACGCCUUCGUCAACUACAUCUUCUUCGGACGAGGCCCUCAGAUGCAGAAGAGACUCGCCGAGAAGGCGCAGAAGGCAAAUAACGACCGGAACAAGUUCGAGCAGCCCAAGGUCGACUCCCAGGGUAACAUCCUGCUGACGACCCUGGAAAUCCACAACGAGGUGGGAGCCAACGAGAUCACCACCACCGUGAGCGAGACGCACAACUCAUCCUCCAUGGUGUUCGACAACUCGGGCGUCCAGUACCGGAAGCCCAGCGGGACGCGGGAGUCCGGCCGCCACAGCCUGGACAGGAACGCGCACCUGAAGAAGACCCGUCUGCGGAGGCGGUCCUCGCAGCUGAAAAUCAAAAUCCCGGACCUGACCGACGUGAACGCCAUCGACAGAUGGUCACGGAUUAUUUUCCCCUGCACCUUCUCCCUCUUUAACCUCAUCUACUGGCUUUACUACGUCCAUUAA